AUGGAUGUUAAAUCUGGACCCGAUAUGGAUUGUUCUAUACAGGAAACAACUGCUCUGACUUUCUAUGUGAAUGGGAAGAAGGUUGUAGUUCCCAACCCUGAUCCAGAGACAACUCUACUUCAUUUUCUGCGCACAAACUUACGGUUGACGGGGACAAAACUUGGCUGUGGAGAAGGAGGAUGUGGUGCAUGUACAGUGAUGAUAUCGAAGUACAAUCCAUCCACUAACCAGGUGAAACAUCUUUCUGUCAAUGCAUGUUUGGCGCCGAUUUGUUCACUUCAUGGUUUAGCUGUGACAACAGUGGAGGGUAUUGGCAGUAUCAAACAGGGACUUCAUCCGAUACAGGAGAAAAUCGCCAAAUCUCAUGGAUCUCAGUGUGGGUUCUGUACUCCCGGAAUCGUCAUGUCCAUGUACACUCUGCUGAGGAAUAUUCAAAAUCCGACUGUAGAAGACAUGGAAAGUGCAUUUGAAGGUAAUCUGUGCAGGUGUACAGGAUACAGACCUAUAAUUGAAGGGUUUAAGGACUUCACAAAGGGAAGUUGUGCAAUGGGUAAAGACUGUUGUCGGAACCAGACAAAAUUAAACAACAAUGACUGUGGUCAAACAGUGGUGAACGGAUAUGACUCCGAUGUUCAGGAAUGUGUUGAAGCUGCUGUGAGGUUCAGAGUUUUCUGUGUACAUGCCUUCCUAUCUUCUGUCAGACACUUACUGUACCAGUGGAAACUGUUCAGAGAACAACUCAGCUCAAACUACUUCACUAGUGUCAUAGAGGAACUGGUUAGAGUAGCUAAUGCUUCCUUGAAUGCUAUACGUGGACCAAUUUAUGUGUCCAAACCAGAGAGGGACUUGAGGGACCGUUGCCUUGCUGAGCGAAUGCAAUCCCGUUUGGCUCUGCCCAACACCUUGGCCUCAAUAAUUGCAGAUGAACCUGACCUUUCUAGGCGCAAAAAAGCCAACUGCGUGAUGCAAAACGGAGACCAGCAAACUGAUCUUCUACCGACAGACUCCACACAAGACCCAAUCUUUCCGCCUCAACUCAGAACGAGGGUAUUUGAUGAUCAAUACCUCUAUUACAAAGGGGAGCGGUCAGUUUGGUACCGGCCAACUUCACUUGACCAACUGCUGGAACUCAAGGCCGUACAUCCAACUGCACGACUUAUCAUCGGCAACACAGAAGUCGGAGUUGAAAUAAAAUUGAAAAACAUGCAUUACCCAGUAAUGAUUGCUGUAACUCACAUACCAGAGCUACAGCGUGUGGUCAGUAACGCUGAUGGUAUAACCAUUGGAGCCUCGGUCACUCUAGCGCAACUCGAUCAAACUCUCCGUGCCGCCAUCAGCACCUUACCUGAACAUCAGACCGGUGUAUUUCGAGCCAUUGUGGAAAUGUUACGCUGGUUCGCUGGUCACCAAAUAAGGAAUGUUGCUGCCAUUGGUGGCAACAUCAUGACAGCGAGUCCGAUCUCAGACCUGAAUCCUCUUUUCAUGGCAGCUGGUGUCAUGUUACAUGUGGCGUCUAAAGGUGUUGAAAUACGGACAUUAAAAAUGGAUGAAAACUUUUUUCUUGGAUACCGUAAAACUGCAGUUGAUUCCAGUGAAGUUCUAGUUUCAUUGACGAUACCUUAUACACAGCAGAAUGAAUACUUCUAUGGCUACAAGCAAGCGUACAGGAGAGAAGAUGAUAUUGCCAUCGUAAACGCUGGAAUUCGUGUUCUACUAGAGGACAGCACUAUCAGAGAUAUGAGUUUAGCGUUUGGUGGAAUGGCCCCAACAACCGUGAUGGCAUUGAAUGCUAUGAAACAGACAAUAGGCAGAAAAUGGAACGACUCUUUUCUCAAUGAUAUGACUGGGCUGUUGGCAGAUGAUCUCCCAUUGGCUGUUGGCUCACCAGGGGGCAUGACAGAGUACCGCAGGACUCUCUGCGUUAGCUUUUUCUUCAAAUUUUACCUCACUGUUCAACUCAGCCUUAACAAACAGCACAUAACAAACGGAAGUAAAGUGCCGUCCUCAUAUCGUAGUGCCACAGAUUCGUUCCAAAAGGAGUCUAUCAAAAGUGCUCAGAUUUUUGAAGAAGUUGCUCCAGGCCAGCCUGUUGAGGAUACACUGGGCCGCCCACUUAACCACCUGUCUGCAUACAAGCAGGCAACGGGUGAGGCUAUCUAUGUUGAUGACAUACCACCCUACAAAGAUGAGCUGAUCCUCGCAUUCGUGUUCAGUACCAAAUCCCAUGCCAAACUUAUCAACGUAGAUCCAAGUGUCUCAUUGACGAUGCCAGGUGUUGUUGACUUCAUCUCAUUUAAGGAUAUUCCCGGACAAAAUAUGUGGGGUCCAAUUGAACAUGAUGAAGAAUUUAUGGCUUCAGAAAAGGUGGUGUGUAUGGGGCAGAUAGUCGGUGCUGUAAUUGCAGACUCACAGACCCAUGCCCAGAGGGCUGCUAAAGCUGUUCAAGUCAAGUAUGAGGACCUCUCACCCAUCAUCACGAUAAAGGAGGCCAUUGCUGCCAAGUCAUAUCACGGAGAGCCAAGGGUGAUUGAGAGAGGUAACCUGAGAGAAGGAUUUGAAAUGAGUGAUCACAUAAUCGAAGGGGAGGUGCAUAUCGGGGGACAAGAACACUUUUAUCUAGAGACAAACGCUGCGCUGGCUGUACCAAAAUAUGAGGAUGGAGAAAUGGAAAUGUUUGUUUCUACGCAAAAUCCUGCCGAAACUCAGAUGAUGGUAGCUCGUGCCCUUGGUAUUGCAGAAAAUAAGAUUGUCAUACGUGUCAAGAGAAUGGGAGGUGGGUUUGGAGGGAAGGAGACACGGAGUGUGAUCUAUAGUAUACCAGUCGCCGUAGCGGCAGAAAAGCUUGGUCGCCCAGUGAAAUGUAUGUUGGAUAGAGAUGAGGAUAUGCUUUCUUCAGGUUGCAGGCAUCCCUUCUAUGGCAAGUUCAAGGUAGGAUUUACAAAAGACGCAAGGAUUCUGGCACUAGAUCUGGAAUUAUACUCCAACAUCGGUUGUUCUCUGGACUUAUCUAGACCUGUAAUGGAGCGAGCAAUGUUUCAUUGUGACGGCUGCUACAAAAUUCCAAAUAUGCGAGUAACAGGCCGCUUAUGCCGGACAAAUAUACCGUCCAACACUGCUUUCCGCGGUUUUGGUGGACCACAGGGCAAUUUUGUAUCUGAAACUUAUAUUGCUGACAUCGCAGCUGCCCUAGAUAUGUCCCCUAUCAAGGUCCGUGAAGUAAACAUGUAUAGCGAGGGAGAUUUGACCCACUUUAACCAGAAGCUUGAAAACUGCAACAUACGCCGUUGCUGGGACGAAUGUCUACAAAGCAGCGAAGCCAAUCACAGGUGUUGUGAAGUCGCAAUUUUUAACAGUGAAAACAGAUGGAAAAAACGAGGUAUUUCUGUUAUACCUGUCAAGUUUGGGAUAUCUUUCACAGCCAAAUUUAUGAAUCAGGCAGGUGCACUGGUCAUGAUCUACAGGGAUGGCUCUGUUCUGAUCGCUCAUGGUGGUACAGAGAUGGGCCAGGGCCUGCACACUAAGAUGACUCAGGUGGCCUGUAGAGCACUAAAUAUUUCAAUGUCCAAGAUUCAUAUCAGUGAGACAAGUACAAACACCAUUCCAAACACUUCACCGACUGCUGCGAGUGCCAGUUCGGAUCUUAAUGGCAUGGCCAUCAAGAAUGCAUGCGAGAUUCUUCUUGAGAGGAUUGAGCCAUACAGAUCUCAGAAUCCAAAGGGGACAUGGGAAGAAUGGGUUACUGCUGCUUACUUUGACCGGGUGAGCCUGUCAGUCUCCACAUUUUAUAAAACACCUGAUUUGGGUUAUGACUUUGAAACAAACGAUGGACGCGUAUUUAAUUAUUUCACGUUUGGAGCAGCAUGUUCAGAGGUAGAGAUUGACUGUUUAACAGGUGAUCACAAGGUGCUGCGAACAGACAUUGUGAUGGAUGUUGGUACCAGUCUGAACCCAGCCAUUGACAUAGGUCAGAUAGAAGGGGCAUUUACACAGGGUUACGGUCUGAUGAUGAUGGAACAACAGAAGGUGUCUCCGGAUGGAUUUCUGUUUACUCGCGGUCCUGGGGCCUAUAAGAUUCCUGGUUUUGGUGAUGUUCCUAUUGAAUUUAAUGUCUCCCUUCUCAGGAGUAGCUUCAACUCCCGUGCCGUGUACUCAUCAAAGGCAAUAGGGGAACCACCUCUCUUCCUGGCGGCAUCUGUUUUCUUUGCCGUUAAAGAAGCCAUACGAUCUGCCCGAGGGGAUGCUGAAAAAAGCAGGAUUUUUCAGUUGAACAGCCCAGCCACGCCUGAACGAAUCAGGAUGGCAUGCGAGGAUCAGUUUACAAAACAGUUCCCAUUGCCUGAAGAAGGGUCUUUCAAGCCAUGGUUUGUAGAGCUGUAG